AUGGAUCCCACAAAUCUCCAAGGCCAUGGCCAGCAGCAGAAGCUGCGCCAGAACUCCGCGCCUCGCCGGUACGACGGCCAGAACGGCAACCCGCUCUACGACCCUGCGAAUGGCGGCCACUAUGGUGCAAGUGCCAGCAUAGCCGCGCAGGGACACGCUCCGGAUCCGCAAGUCUUCACUGGUCAAUGGGCAAACGUCAACCAAGGCCUCACCGGCCAAUACCGCGACAUCCUCAACACGUACUGGCAGCAGCAAGUGACGAAGCUCGAGACGGACGAACAUGACUACAAGCUCCACCAGCUGCCGCUAGCGCGGAUAAAGAAGGUCAUGAAAGCAGACCCCGAGGUUAAGAUGAUUUCGGCCGAGGCCCCGAUACUGUUCGCCAAGGGCUGUGACAUCUUCAUCACGGAGCUGACGAUGCGCGCCUGGAUACACGCGGAGGAAAAUAAGCGCAGGACGCUGCAGCGCUCGGACAUUGCGUCGGCUCUGGCCAAGUCGGACAUGUUCGACUUCCUGAUCGACAUUGUGCCGCGCGAGGAGGCAUCGUCGCACAAGCGGAGCGGCGGGCAGAGCAGCGCAGCGCAAGCCUCGGCCAACGCGCAGGCACAGCCUGGCGCAGUCCAGCAGCAGACGGGCAUGCACCCGCCACCGCACCCCAUGGCGCCGCCAGACUACGGCAUGGCGCAACACAUACAGGAGCCCGACUACCGCGCUCAGCAGCAGGGCAUGUUUGCGCCGGCGGUGCAGAACGACCCGGGGGCAUAUGGGCAACCGACACAGCAGAUGUUUGACCCGUCCAUCUACGGGGGCUACCAGAUGCCGCAACAGCAGAUGUACUCUGUCGGCGGUCAACGGGCCCCAGACCCGACUGGGGCAGGGGAUCCAAGUCACACCUAUGGGGCGCACGACCCUGGUGAGGGCGACGCUGAUGCGGAAGGAGACAGGGAAGACUACGUGGCGUAG